ACCAAUUAAAAGACGCCUUUUAACCCAUUUACUUCCUUUUCACACAGUACCCACAGCCACGCCCAGCUCCCCCGACGCCGUGGACCACUACCUGGGGACGCCAGCGGACGAAAACGAACACGCCCACUUCCAGAAGGCCAAAGAGAGCCUGGAGGCCAAACACCGCGAGAGGAUGUCGCAGGUGAUGAGAGAGUGGGAGGAAGCCGAGAGGGAAGCUAAGAACCUCCCCCGCGCUGACAAGAAGGCCGUCAUCCAGCGCUUCCAGGAGAAGGUGGAGGCGCUGGAGCAGGAGGCAGCCAGCGAGCGGCAGCAGCUGGUGGAGACGCACAUGGCCCGGGUGGAGGCUCUGCUCAACGACCGCCGGCGCCUGGCUCUGGAGAGCUACCUGACGGCGCUGCAGCUGGACCCCCCCCGGGUACGCUCUGACAGAACACUGGAUGCAAUGUCCUCUUACAGAUCUCACUGUCGUCCUGUCAUUUCCAAAAUGUCUGGUUCAUAUCUGAAUCAACCGGACCUUCUGAUAUGGAGAGCCAGGGUUCUUACGGUCAUUAAAAACCUGGAAAAGUCAUGGAAAUUCAAAAUGCUAAUUCCAG